ACCAACAAGAACUUAGCCGGGAUUUCGCAUUUAUUCGUUAAUCAAAUUCUAUGAACACUUCAUUUCAUUUUUAAGUCAUUAGCAAACAGGAUAAUCUAUACUUUUAGUUCAUGUGUUUAGGCCGGGUGUCACGUAUGUACAUUUCUGGCAAGCUUUCAUCUCGUUAGCAAGCUACUGAACUGUGUUAGCAGACUGAGACAGGCGUACACAGUAACUUUGGGCUUAACUGUCUUGCCACUGCGGCUGACUGGCCUUUUACAGAAUCCAGAAGAAAAUUCAUGCUUUGUGUAGUUCAUACGUACUUACUUUAAGGCAAGGGCUACCUUGCUUUGUAGAGGGGCGGCAUGAGUUAUGGUUACGGUGGCAGGAGAGGCCGAAGAGGAGGUGGAGGAGGUCGCAGGUAUGGCGAUGGGAAUGAUGAGGAGCGCUGGGAACGCGGUGCAGGUUCAGGUAACCGAGGUUAUCAGAGGAACUCGGGUUGGGAAUCAAGGGACGAGCAGGGACGUGGAGGAGGGGGUGGUGUCCGGGGUAAACACCCGCCUCACCUGAAGGGUAGAGAGAUUGGCCUGUGGUACUCCAAAUUUGGUGGCUUGAAGAGAUCUGAGAUGGAGAGAAAAUCAAGGGCCGUAGUCCAGAUGGAUCGGUCAAGGGAGCAGCACAUCACUGAACUGUUGAACUCGGUUCAGAGAGCACCGCCAGGGGCUGCCAUGGAUACGGAUGCUUCCACUUCACAGUCCUGGAGAUCCAAGCCUCAAGACAGCGCCCACAGCUACUUUGAUGGAGAUGAACCUCCACAGGAAAUGCCUAAAAUAAAAUCUGAGCGUAAAGAAGUCAAGAUCGAAGAAGUCAACAAGCAAGACAUUGAGAUGAUUGACAGCAAAGACCUGGAAUACCUGUUUCAGGACAUCAUUCGUAAACCAGAUCUCGACCAAGAGCUCAAGGAGGACUUGCAGACGAAAAGAACAAAUUCGAAGUUUUUGGACAUGUUGAAAUUCAGAGAAAAGCUUCCCUCCUAUGGAAUGAGAAAGGAGCUGGUUGAUCUGAUCCAGGCCAGCCAGGUGGUGGUGGUGAGCGGGGAGACGGGCUGUGGCAAGACCACUCAGGUCACGCAGUUCAUCCUGGACGACUACAUCGAGAGAGGCAUGGGAUCCCUCUGCAGGGUGGUGUGCACCCAGCCACGCCGCAUCAGCGCUAUCUCCGUCGCGGAGCGGGUGGCUGCAGAGCGGGCUGAGAGUGUGGGCAACGGCAAAUCAUGUGGCUACCAGAUCCGACUUCAAAGCCGGUUACCACGGCAACAAGGCUCUGUUUUGUAUUGUACCACGGGCAUUAUUCUUCAGUGGCUCCGCUCGGAUCCACACUUGUCCAGCAUCAGUCACCUGGUUCUGGACGAGAUCCACGAGAGGAACCUGCAGUCGGACGUCCUGCUGGUCAUCGUGAAGGACCUGCUGGCGGUCCGAGACGACCUGAAGGUGAUCCUGAUGAGUGCCACCCUCAACGCAGAGAAAUUCAGCAAGUACUUUGGUAACUGCCCGAUGAUUCACAUCCCUGGCUUCACGUACCCCGUGCAGGAGUACCUUCUGGAGGACGUGGUGGAGAUGCUCAGGUACCAGGGUAAGAACCAGGAGCGUCGUCCGCGGUGGAAGAGGGGCUUCAUGCAGGGCCAUGUGAACCGGCCGGAGAAGGAGCAGAAGGAGGCCGAGUACCGCGAGAGCUGGCCCUGCUUCGCACGCACCCUCAGCGACAAGUACUCAGACGGCACCAUCGACGCCUUGGCCCAGAUGGAUGAGGAGGACAAGAUCGACCUGGAUCUGAUCGCAACACUGAUCAGGCACAUUGUGUUGAACGAGGAUGACGGGGCCAUUCUGGUGUUCUUGCCCGGCUGGGACAACAUUAGUUCUCUUAAUGACCUCCUGAUGGCGCAGCAGAUGUUCAAGUCAGAUAAAUUUGUCAUCAUUCCUCUCCACUCGCUAAUGCCCACCGUCAGCCAAACACAGGUCUUCAACAGGCCGCCACCCGGAGUGAGGAAGAUCGUCAUCGCCACCAACAUCGCUGAAACCAGCAUUACCAUAGAUGAUGUGGUGUACGUAAUAGACGGGGGUAAGAUUAAGGAGACCCACUUUGACACAGAGAACAACAUCAGCACACUGACGGCGGAGUGGGUGAGCCUGGCCAACGCCAAGCAGAGGAAAGGCCGCGCCGGCAGGGUAUCCCCAGGGAAGUGCUACCACCUGUACAAUGGACUGAGGGCCAGCCUGCUGGACAGCUACCAGCUGCCUGAGAUACAGCGCACAUCACUGGAGGAGCUCUGCCUACAGAUCAAGAUCCUGAAGCUGGGUUCCAUCGCCUCCUUCCUGCAUAAGGCCCUGGACCCCCCCUCAGACAAGGCCAUCGAGCUGGCCAUCACACACCUCAUGGACCUGAAUGCUCUGGACAGGAAUGAGGAGUUGACUCCACUGGGUGUGCACUUGGCGCGUAUGCCGGUGGAGCCCCACAUUGGGAAGAUGAUCCUGUUUGGUGCCCUGCUGGGCUGCCUGGACCCCGUGCUCACCAUCGCCGCCAGCCUCAGCUUCAAGGACCCCUUCUUCAUCCCCAUGGGGAAGGAGAAGCUGGCAGACGCCAAGAGGAAAACCCUGUCCAAGAACACCAGAAGCGACCACCUCACCAUCAUCAACGCUUUCAGUGGUUGGGAGGAGGCCAAGCGACGGGGCUUCAGAUAUGAAAAGGACUUCUGCUGGGAGAACUUCCUGUCAGCCAACACACUCCAGAUGCUUCACAAUAUGAAGGGUCAGUUUGCUGAGCACCUGCUGGGGGCUGGCUUUGUGAGCAGUAAGGACCCCAGAGAUGCCAGGGCCAACAUCAACUCAGAGAACGAGAAGAUCAUCAAGGCGGUGAUUGUUGCCGGCUUGUACCCCAAAGUGGCUAAGAUCCGUAUAAACCACAAUAAGAAGAGGCAAAUGCCGCCAAAGGUGUACACCAAACAAGACGGCAAAGUGUGCAUCCACCCAAAGUCGGUCAACGCAGAGGAGAGAGAGUUCCAGUACACAUGGCUCAUCUACCACUUGAAGAUGAGGACGACCAGCAUCUUCCUGUACGACUGCACGGAGGUGUCCCCGUUCUCGCUGCUCUUCUUCGGUGGAGACAUCUCCAUCCAGAUGGACCACGACCAGGAGACCAUCGCCGUGGACGAGUGGAUCGUCUUCCAGUCCCCCGCACGCAUCGCCCACUUAGUCAAAAGCCUAAGGAAGGAGCUGGACUCCCUUCUGGAGGAGAAGAUCAAGACUCCAAAGCCGGUGGACUGGAACGACCGCAGUUCCAAAGACUGUGCUGUCAUCUCCGCCAUCAUAGACCUCCUCAGCACCCAGGAGGCCGACAGCAGACAGCAGAGUGACUACUCUAGCAACAGGAGUGACUAUGGCUACUCCAGCAGCAACAGGAGUGACCACUAUGGUGGUGGCAGGAGUGACUAUUCAGCCAAUAGGAGCAACUACUCCAGCAACAGGAGUGACUACUCCUCCAAUAGGAGUGACUACUCUAGAAGCAGCAGCAGCAACAAUAACAACACCACCACCGCUGCCCCUAGUGGUGACGACUGGUUUGACGGCUGAACCUGCAAACGGCACCUUGGCCAGAAGUGCCAGAACCAGGACUCUCAUCCAUCUAAUCAUGCCCUCAUGAGUUUGUGCUACACAGACACAUACACUGUGAUCAUUCACACCAUCUUCCAUUAUCAAACAAGACUUUAAGAAAUUCUAUAAUAUACAGUAAAUACCAGUCCAGAGUCUUACAUUAAUGGACAUUUUGCGUUGACCAUUGUUAAAAGAUUUCAUUAUCCAGAAUUAGUUUUUUUAAAUGAUCAUUAUUUAAGUUAUGUUAUUCUUUUGUUCUGUUCAGUUGUAUUGUUAUAAUAAAACAGAAGUUAAAGAUG